AGUCCAGGAGCGGGAAGCGCGGAGGCGGAGCAGCUAAGCCCCGCUGAGACCUCUGGUCCGGCCAUGGGCGACCGUGAGCGCAACAAGAAACGGCUGCUGGAGUUGCUGCAAGCUGCGGGCACCGGCAACACACACUGUGCCGACUGCGGGGCUGCGGAUCCUGAUUGGGCCUCUUACAAGCUGGGGAUUUUCAUCUGUCUUCACUGCUCUGGCGUCCACCGCAACUUCCCAGACGUCAGCAAAGUUAAAUCCGUGCGACUGGACUUCUGGGACGACAGUAUGGUGGAGUUCAUGACCCACAAUGGGAAUCUCAAUGUGAAAGCCAAAUUUGAAGCCAGAGUCCCAGCUUUCUACUAUGUCCCUCAGGCCAGCGACUGCUUGGUCUUAAAGGAGCAAUGGAUUCGAGCUAAGUACGAAAGACAGGAAUUUAUAGCUGACGAGAAAGCUGUCUCAGCCCCAGGUGACAGAGAAGGGUUCCUGUGGAAGCGGGGGCGCGACAAUGCCCAGUUCCUGAGAAGGAGGUUUGUCCUUCUGGCAAGAGAAGGCCUCCUGAAGUACUACACGAAAGAGGAGGGUAAAGCCCCCAAAGCAGUCAUCAACAUCAAGGACUUGAAUGCCACCUUCCAGACAGAGAAGAUAGGACAUCCCCACGGUCUGCAGAUCACCUACAGGAAAGAGGACCACACCCGGAAUCUCUUUGUGUAUCAUGACAGUGGGAAGGAGAUAGUGGAUUGGUUCAACGCUCUCCGUGCGGCCCGCCUGCAAUACCUAAAAUUGGCCUUUCCUGAUCUCCCGGAGUCUGAGCUCGUGCCUCUCAUUACCAGGAACUACCUCAAACAAGGCUUCAUGGAGAAGACCGGUCCAAAGCACAGAGAACCCUUCAAGAAAAGAUGGUUUGCUCUGGAUCCCUUGGAGAGGAGGCUGCUGUAUUAUAAGAACCCUCUGGAUGCUUUCGAGCAGGGCCAGGUUUUCCUGGGAAGCAAUGAGCAGGGGUAUGAAGUAUGCGAAGACCUGCCCAGGGGCAUCCGAGGGAAUCGCUGGAAGGUUGGACUCACUGUCAUCACUCCAGAGCGGAAGUUCAUCUUCACCUGCCCCAGUGAGAAGGAACAGCAAGAAUGGCUGGAGAGUCUGCAGGAUGUCCUGUCCAGUCCCCGGUCGCCCCUCCACCUCCUCACCACAUCAGCAGAGAGUGCCUGUGGCCUCAGGUGACCCAUCUCGGAAGAGUCGGCUGGCCACCGAGCACCUGAAAUCCCCGAGAAGUGUUCACCUCUGCCCUGGUUGUCCAGAAGGAAGCCCCAAGACCAGCAGCUGCUGCUCCUGUCAGUGAACUCUGUCAAGAUCGAGGGUGUGGUUUAUCUUGUGGCUCCCAGGAUCCUUCCAGCAAACAUUUCCCAGUCUUGGGGAGCUGGUACUGAGAAGAAUGUAGCUCUCCAAGCUUAGAAGACCUGAAGGCUUUCUCAUAUUUGCACCGAGAGCAGGGUGUAGUGAUGCAUGCCUGUGGAGAGGCAGGAGUGCCAUGAGUUUGAUGCCAGCUUGGACCAUACAGGGAGUUCAAGUGCAGCCUGAGCUGCAUAGCAAGACCUUGUUUCGAAAAACAAAGACAAAAACAAGCAAACAACAACAAAAUCUACAGAGAGGGAGUAGAAACAUUGCAAUAUAAAAAACACCCUCAGCAUCAAGAUUAUGCAAGUAGAAAAAAAAUGUAAAUGUUUAAUCUGAACCUAACUAUGAAGAAAUAAUAAGAUCUUUCAAUAUUACUUACAUGUUGAUAUACAACUAGCCUGGACUUUUCAAAUAUCAAUAUUAAAAGAUAAAAUUGGCCAUACAUGGCAAUACAUGCCUUUAGGCCCUUGCACUCAGCAGGCAGAGAGAGGUAAAUCUCUGUUGUUCAAGAGCAGCCUGGUCUAUAUAUCAAGUUCCAGGACAGCCAGAGUUAUAUAGAGAGAACUUGUUUCACAAAACAGAGGGGAGGGGAAGAAAGACAGACAGACUAAAGACAGGGCUAGUGGUACCUAUAAUUUUUGCAUUGGGGAACUGGAGGCCAGAGGAUCAGAGGUUCUGCUAUUAUCCAUAGAGAGCUCAAAGCUAAUGAGACCCUGAUUCAAAGGAGAACAAACAAAAACCACAAAUUAGGGCUGGAGCGGUGGCUCAGCAGUUAAGAGCACUUGCUGCUCUUCCCAAGGUCCUGAGUUCAAUUCCCACAACCACAUGGUAGCU